AUGAACUCCAGUUGGAUAGUUGCAGCCUCCACGGCGGUGAUGUUGGCGUUCUGUUACGACUUUAAGAGCUGGCAAAGCCUUGGAACCGGCGGUACCCCACCAACACUCCAAGGCUAUCUCAAAAUCCGAAGAUGGGGUCUCUAUUUGUUGUACAAGCGACAGAAUCUCCUCGACUCAUCACCGAUUCCAGAUACAGGUACAUCAUACAUCAAACCUGGCAAGUUGCCAGAGCGACCAGGUCUCCCACCAAGUAUCACUCGCUGGACGCUGCCUCAACGCCAACACCCGCAACACAUUACAGAGGGUGCUCUAUCAAAGCUGAAAAACCUCAUGCAAACCUUCGCAAGCACUUCGCCUUACUCAGAGUACAUUGAAACGCGACCGAGUAAAACAGAAGGUGGUACCGGACCUGCGAUCUACGUCAAGCCAGACGUGAAGACGAUUAACCCCGUUGCGCAUAAGAUAUUCUAUGAAGUUGCUCACGUCCAUCCAAGUGAAAACUCGCUGCACGUAUACGUCAGUCCCAAGGAUGCAAAGACAGUUGUCAGCAGAGGCUGGGGUCAGCGUUUUCCGGUCACCUGGCUUGCGCCACCGAGCUGGAUUAUGGUAUACGCACCGAGAAACGAGAUGGAGCUUGAGGUUGUGAAGGAGAUCGUCAGGGCUGCAGUCUGUUACGCGGUCGGUAUGGAGGUGUCUGACUUGAAGCCGUGA